GCUGCUCAGUUUAAGAACAGGAUGCGUGGACACUCGUCACGAGACCGCCGCGCGCAACUCACUCACUACACCAUUAAACGGAUAAUAUUACACAUUAUGGACUCUCGGUCCCUUAUUUAAAAGAAAAGUGUGGUGCUUAAACCCUAAACGGACGCACAGAAGAUGGGUGAUAAGUUCGAGCUGCUGAAGACACCUGUCAAUAGGACAGCUGCGCGGAAGAAGAACAAGAAUGAGAAACUGCGAUUACGCGUCAUCUUUUUAGACGACAGCGAGAGAGUUUUCGAGGUGGAGAGAAAGAUUCUGGGCUCUGAUUUCUUCAAUAAGGUGUGUGGUCAUCUAAAGCUCCUGGAGAAAGAAUACUUUGGCCUUGAGUUUCGUCACCAUACUGGCAGCUAUGUCUGGCUUGAACUUCUGAAACCAGUGGCUAAGCAAAUCAAAAGUAUUAGUGAUGUGGCGUUUCACUUUAUAGUAAAGUUCUUCCCUCCUGACCCUGGGCAGCUGCAGAGAGGCUUAACCAGGUAUCUGUUUGCCCUUCAGAUCAAACAGGAUCUGUCAAAUGGCAGCCUUACCUGUAACGAUAACAGCGCCGCCCUGCUGGUCUCUCAUAUACUGCAAGCAGAAAUCGGGGAUUAUGACGACGAAUUGGAUGCUCAUCAUCUUGAAAAUAAGCAAUAUGUGCCAAACCAAGAAUACUUAGACCACAAAAUCAUUCGCUUUCACAAAAAGCACAGAGGUCACACUCCUGCUGAAUCAGAUGUGCAUUUGCUGGAGGUUGCCCGGAAAAUGGACAUGUACGGGAUCCGCCCUCACCCUGCCCAUGAUGGAGAAGGCAUGAGGAUCAACCUCGCUGUCACACAUAUGGGAGUACUCGUUUUUUCAGGUACUGGAAACACAAAGAUCAAUACCUUCAGCUGGGCCAAGAUCCGAAAGCUGAGCUUCAAGAGAAAACAUUUCCUCAUCAAACUCCACACUGAGACUGGGCCUUCAAGGAGAGACACUGUUGAGUUUUCCAUGGCCAGCAGAGAUGUGUGUAAGGCAUUCUGGAAGAUGUGCGUGGAGUAUCAUGCUUUCUUCAGACUUGCUGAAGAGCCCAAGUCACAUCAAAAGUCCAUUCUUUCCAGCAAAGGAUCCAGUUUCAGAUACAGUGGCAGGACACAGAAGCAACUUCUUGAGUGUGUGGGCUCUGGAGACAAGAAACAUUUGCCUUUUGAAAGAAGCUAUUGCAAGUCUGAAUAUGACACUCGACAGUGCAGAUCGUCUCCUGACAUACUGACUGACGUCUCUAAGCAGUUGUAUGAGCAUCUACCUCCCGACCCAACUGUUGCUGGGCAACACAGCGAACAGACAGGCGUAGCAAAGCGCAGCCUAUCCGCUGUGGAAGUCAUGUUCGCUAAUGAGCUGGAACGAUCUAGGCCCUUGUCAAGAAAUCCUGCCUUCUCAAGCAACUCUGCCUCACCCAAGCUCCGUUCCCUUUCCACAUCAGGAGCCGAACAUCGUGGUAGAGGAGCUCAGAGACAGAAGGCGAAGAGACAAUUGUCUCCUAGCACCCAACAUCUUGUGCUUCUCUAUCCUAACACACCCCAUCUACAGUUCCACCCAGUCCUGCCAACUUUCCCUCUCGCCACUCACCCGUACCUACUGCAAGACCACACGUCCUCAUCCCUAGACCGCCUCCCUCAAACCCAUCACAACCAUGUGCCUCUGCAGUACUUGCCUAGACAAAUUGCUCACUCAUCCUUGCCGUCCUCUUGCUUGUCGCCACAACUGCAGAAGCAGCAGGAAAGGCUCCGUCUCGCCGGCCAGGGAGAAUCACGAUUGUACCCUAGAGGAGGACUAGGACUUAGAGCUGGAUUGAACAGGAAACUGGACUUGAGUAGAGUGGAAGCAGGCCACUACAGCGACGACUCCACCUAUCAAACCGGCUUGCCGCGUCGAGCCUCGAGCCAACCAGACUUCAAAUUCCAACGACCUACACUUGCCUCAAACGCCGCUGCUUACGCAUCCGAGUAUCGUCCACUGGGAUAUUAUCCACACCUUUCUCGACACCAGGUUCCUACCAGGCCCACCUACCUUCCUCUAAGUCCUGCCCCUCUCCCAGAAAGACCCACUUCUUUAUGUGUUCUCGGCACAGGUAGCUAUAGUGAUUCGGAUUCAGACACAUUCUACCCCUACUUUCCUGCAAUUGGUAAAGUGGUACGUUCUGGUCCGCUGGCACGCAUGCGCUUUUCUUCGGGAAGCCUCCAACUUGACGAAGAGGAUGGAGAGGACGAGGACUUGGACUGCACGAACGAUGAGGAGAAUACAACUCUCACCACUGUUAAGGUGAUGAAGUUGUAGCCAUGGGCAGAAUCUUGAACCUUGGCUGUGAUUGAUGGGGAUCAACAAAUAAUAUAAACUGUUGGGGCUUGCAGACCUUGCACUCUCGGAAGAAAUGGUACAAAAACUGUGACUGGGGUGUACAUUUCUAAAUGUACACUUUUGUACCUUAUUUAAUCCUAAAGCACUCUUAAAGAGAAGCCUGGGUAUUGAGAUUUCUAUGGCUUAACAUAACAUUAAUGAUGUCUCUUACUAAAUAAUGUAGUAGGAAACCCAUUAAAGAUUUACGAUUUGCCAUUAUUUUGAUGACGUGAAAUGGUUGCACUCGGUGAGCUCCUGGCACUACCUGUUGCUAUUUUUACCGCAACACAACUCAGAAUACACAACUCGGAAAAUAAAAUACUAAUAUGAUGCCACAUUGUGUGGCUUUUGAUUGUAAUUUUCAGUCGAAGGGCAACAAGAGAAGCCAUGUAAGUCUUUGCUGCUUUCCUAGCAAUAAGAAGAGGAGAAAAGAAUGGGAAGAUGCCUGUGGAUUAAUAAAACUUCCUAAAGACCUGCGUCUUUGUUCUCUCCACUUUAGCCCUGAUGCCUUUAAGGCUUUUAGUAGACCACAGCUACUGUAAGAGCUGACAAAAUCGCACAGACAAGAAACGCUAGAUGCCAUCCUGGCAGGAUGUAAACAUGUCGACGCUUGUCGUGGUGCCGCAGCUACAGAAAGAGUUUCUCAGCAUAAAUUUCACUCGAUAUCUGGGAGCAUUUAGACUUCUUGUGGAGAAAAAUCAGUGGUAUGGCAUUUGGUUUAAAGGCCCAUUCACACCAAGAAUGAUAACUAUAACUACAACUAUAAAGAUAACGUUCUAAAAAUCAUUUCAAAUUUAAGAGAAUAGCAGAGUUCACGUCAGGACUGUAAUGAUAAUGAUACAGCGGAACAAUAUUGUUGGGAUCACUUUCAGGACGAUUUUUUACAGCUGAUGAAUGAUAAAACAUUGAUAGCUAAUCAGACUUUAAUCAAAUUUAAAGGGCUUGUGCAUUUGAAAUAGCAGGCGACAAGCUGGUUCUUUGCUGGUUUAUGCUGGUCUUAGCUGGUCAUGUUGCUGGUCAAGGACCAGCAUAAACCAGCUAAGGACCAGCAUAAACUUGCCUUAAGCCUAGGCUUAUAUCCAUUGCCACCUGUAAUCUCUUCCAAAAACUUUGGUCAUCGUAUCAGUAUUUUAAUUUCAGAGUUGUGUUGUGGUAAAAACAGUACCUUAUGAAAGUACCUAAUGAAAGGGUACUGCCCCAGUAACAGGUUUUGUACCAUUUUCUUCUAAGAGUGUUGGUGUAACAUUAUUAGUGAGGUGACAUGAAGUAAUAUUACUGUAAAUAAGAAAAAAGGGAAAUAUUUCAAGUCUAUUUGCAUCUAAAGUUAUAUUUUGUUCUAAGCAGCUUUGAAUUUAUGUGAAGGGAUAGGUUAUUUCAAAAUGAAAAUUGCGUUAUCAUUUACUCACCAAAAGGUGGUUUUUGCAUUGAUGAUGGCACUUUUUUGGUUCCCCAAAGAACCUUUCAGUGAACAGUUCUUAAAAGAACCAUUUUUCGAACACUUAAAGAACCUUUUGCAGAAUUAAAAGGUUCCAUGGAAAGGUUCUUCAUGGAACCAUAGAAGCUAAUAAAGAACCUUUAUGUUUAAGUGUGUGAAGGGCCACCUUUCAGCAAUGUUAGGUUCUAACCCCGAUUAAACACAUCUGAACCAGCUAAUCAAGAUCUUUAGGAUCACUAGAAACUUCCAGGCAGAUGUGAGACAAAACUCCACAAAAAAGCAUCCCUCUGGAAGCAGGUUUGGGCACCUCUGACCUGAAUGCAUCAUAUAGUACCUUAUGAAAGGGCACUGACCCAGUAACAGGUUUUGUACCAUUUUCUUCUAAGAGUGUGGGUGUAACAUUAUUAGUCAGGUGACAUGAAGUAAUAUUACUGUAAAUAAGAAAAAAGGGAAAUAUUUCAAGUCUCUAUUUGCUUCUAAAGUUAUAUUUUGCUCUAAGCAGCUUUGAAUUUAUGUAAAGGGAUAGGUUAUUCCAAAAUGAAAAUUGCGUUAUCAUUUACUCACCCCCAUGACUGACUUUCUUCUGUGGAACACAAAAUAAGAAUGAACUCCAGUACUGGAUCAAUCAGAUGCCUGAAUGUGUCAUUUAGAACAGCUUUAUGAACUAAAAAGAGUGAAAUGACUCAACACAUGAAUCAGACAUGAGAAGAAUGGACAGGAAAUUCUUUGAAUCUGUGUUUUACAGAAUUUGAAAGCAUGGGAGUGUGUAAAUGAUGACUAAAAUGUCAUUCUUUGGUAAACUAUACUUUUAAUUAGUUAUUAUUCCAUAAAAUGUACUAAACAUGUACAGAGUAAAUAUAAUUCUGUGGUGAUUCAAAGUUUUCAGGAAAAGUAAAGCCAAGUCUACAAUAAUGUAACUAAUAAUAAUUCAGCUAACAAUUAAAACAGACUUUCUGAUGUUUGUGUGACUGGAAAACAUGAACAAUUAUUUCUUUGACAUUUGUGU